AAAAACUCAGAGAGUUGGGCUGUCUCUCAUUACGCCAUUAGCUGUAUAAUAACCCGUAGUUAAAAAGCUUAAAAUAGCAGUUUAGAAUUGUAGAAAGUCAUAGCUAGUAGCACUAGUAGUACUUUAGCCAAAAGUCCGCUGCACGGUAGAAUUAUCAAACUUUUAUUCUGCAAAUUGAAGCGAGAAAACCCAUCAUUGGUAUGCAUUUUUUGGGCCGCAAGUACACUCUGGGUUUGGCCGAAGUGAGAAGCGUGGAUUUCUGGCGUGCAGUGUUUGGCGAGUUUGUUGCGACUUCCUUCUUUCUUCUGACAUGUCUGAUCGGUGUCUGGAGUCCCACGAAUCUGGUUGCGGGAUCCCUUGGAACUGGCCUCUGUAUUGCACUCCUGGUUCACAUGUUCGAUAAUAUAUCAGGGGGAAAUAUCAACCCUGCAGUUUCCCUGGCGCUGGUGGUGAACGGACAGAUAUCUCUCAUACGAGGAGGGAUUUACAUGGUGGUCCAGAUACUGGGAUCUAUCGCGGGAGCGGGAGUAGUGAACCUGAUAACGAAGAGUGCCCCCAGUGGAGUGAAUGGAACUGACGUCUUGCAUUUCGACAAUUGCAUUCCCCAGAUGGCCGAUGAGUAUGAAUGGCAAGGAAUGCUCUAUGAGUUCCUGUUCACCAGCAUGCUUAUCAUGCAGGUCCUUCGCAGCACCGACUCAGUUCGACCGGUCCAGAACGGAAACAUAGCACUAGCAGUGGGUCUUGUCGUUGUCAUUGCUAACUUCUGUCUCAUUCCCAUCACCGGAGGGCCUGUUAAUCCGGCUAGAGUCACUGGGCCCGCUGUGGCCGGCGGCAAAGUGGGCCAGUUGGGAUAUUACUGGCUUGGAGAGUGUGCUGCAGCUGUCAUUACCCCUCUGGUAUAUUCACCUCUUCUAACCAGGAUAAACACCAUCGAAUCACCUCAUGAUUACACUGUACAGCAGAAACCAGACAUCAUUUGAAAAAAUGUACGAGAAGAAAUAGUUUGAUUUGGUUUUAGAUGCUCAUAGAUCAAUUCAUGCUUACUGCUACAAUAUGAUUGUAGCUAUUGCUUAAUCUAAAAAUUUUGCCUAAAUUUUGAAUGAAACUAAGUUUGUUCAAUCAAAUUGAGUGCGAUUAAUACUUUCGCUAUUUCAAACAAUUUGCUUUCAGACUUUUGUACGUCCAUUAUCCAAGAAAUUGACGAUGUCCUUUCAAUAAAGAGAAUUUUUCCA